AUGCCUGGCUCUGAUAAAAAGGUGGCAGUGGUGACUGCCAAGUCGGCGCCGCUUCAAGUACACGAUGCUGCCGAUACGGCCAGCGGUCCAUGGGAGGAGCCCGUCCGCCAGAAAUGGUAUCAGUGGUUCUCGCCGACGGACACGCCCGAGGAGCGACGUCUGAUACUGAAGCUGGACCUGCUCAUCCUGGUCUUUGUCUUUCUCGCCUACUGGGCCAAGGUGCUGGACCAGUCGGCGACGAGCGCGGCGUACGUGAGCGGCAUGAAGGAGGACCUGCGUCUGUUUGGCAACGAGCUCAACUACAUCAACACGACGUACAUGGUGGGCUUCAUCACGCUGCAGAUCCCCCUCACCCUUCUCAUGACGCGCUUCUCGGCCGCGUGGUUCAUCCCCGCCGCCGACGUUGUCUGGGGCGUCCUCACGCUCGCCCAGUACCGCGUCACGAGCGCCGGCCAGCUCUACGCGGUGCGCUUCCUCAUCGGCGCCGCCGGCAGCCUGUUUUUCCCCGCCGUCCAGUGGUACCUCGGGUGCUGGUACAAGCGCGCCGAGCUGAGCCGCCGCAGCGCCCUCUUCUUCGUCGCCAGCCAGGUCGGCGGCAUGAGCGCCGGCUACAUCCAGUCGGGCGCCUACGCCUCGCUGCACCUGCGCCACGGCAUCGAGGGAUGGCGCUGGCUGUACAUCAUCUGCUUCGCCUGCACCAUCCCCGUCGCGGUGCUCGGGUUUCUCUGCCUGCCGGGCCAGCCGGAGAAGCCCAGGUCGCUGUUCCUCUCGGCGCGGGAGAGCGAGCUUGCGCGGGCGCGCAUGCGUGCGGAUCGCAGGGAGCCGCGCAGGCCGCUCACGCGCGCCGUGGUCAAGAAGACGCUUCUUGGCUGGCACUUUUGGAUCCUCGUCGGCUUCGCCUUCUUCUUCUCCCAGGCCGAUGGCGUAUCCGCCAACAGCGGGCUGCCGCUGUGGCUGAAAUCCGAGGGCUACAGCGUCGAAAAGAUCAACACGAUAACCACUGUAUCGCCAGCCGUCACCAUUGUAUCGGCCCUCAUCUGCGGCGUGCUCUCAGACGCCUACGACGCCAAGGUCUCCCUCAUCACGGCGACGGCGCUGCUCAACAUUCUCGCGAGCAUCAUCCUUGCGAUAUGGCACGUGCCGACCGGCCUCAAGUUUUUUGCAUUUUUUCUGGCUGGAUCGGCCAACGGCAUCGCGCCCGUCAUUUACUCGUGGGCCAAUGAGAUUUGCGCGGGCGAUGCCGAGGAGCGUGCCAUUGUCAUAAGCAGCAUGAAUACGAUUGGCAAUACCUUUGGCGCGUGGCUGCCGCUGUUUGUGUGGAGGACGACGGAUGCGCCGCGGUAUUUGAUUGGAUAUAAUUGGACGAUUGGAUUGGAUAUUGGCAUGCUGGUCAUGGUGUUUGUCCUGCGGUCGUUUUGGAACCGUGAAAAGGCAGCGCUGGCUUUGGGGGCGAAUAGAGCCGGGUAG